AUGGGACUAGUCGACGCCCCCAACAAGGUCACCGAGAACCAGAGAUUCUACCAGCAAGCAUACAAACAACAUGUGCGCCUCUGGCAGAUUAACCCCCGAAGCAACAAGCUCUUGAUUCCCUACCAAAUCCUGCUUUGGGGCUCCUUUGGAGCGACCAUGUAUAUGGUAGGACGCAAGGUCCUGGGUCACAACACAUGGUUUGGCGCAGACUAG